AUGGAACGAUUUCUUCAUGGUAUCAUAUUUCAAACUGAUAUCGAAGUCUAUGACUUCACCUCCAAUUCUUGGAGGGUUGUUGUUGUUGGUAAGAGUAGAAACUGGGUCAUUAUAUAUGGUGAGACUUAUGACAUAUCUGUGAAUGGACAUAUUGUUAUAUGGGGUCAUACUCAUGGCAUGUCUGUGAAUGGAGAUACUUACUGGCUUGCUUCUGUUCAAAUCUUGGAACAUGAAGAUCACUAUCAACCAUUCUUACUAAGUUUUGAUUUCUCUACAGAGAGAUUUGGUAGUGUGUCUCUUCCUGGCGAUGUUUACACUAUUCCUUUGGCUUUAUCUGUGACUAGACAAGGGCGACAACUUUGUAUGUUGCUACAUGGUUUCUUUAAGUCAAAUGUUUAUGACAUAUGGAUAGCAUCGAAGAGUGAGAGUACCGGAGCAAUGUCAUGGAGCAAGCUCCUCACAGUUUGGGACGAUGAUAUCCACAAUCAUUUUCGGUUUAGGCAGUUUGGUAAUGGGGUGAGUUUCUUAACCGACUAUGAGAAAGAAGUUCUAUUGUCUUGUAAUAAACCCAAUCAGUAUUCUAAGAACAUCAUAAACAUUAUGGAAAAGGGUAAAUACACAGAAUUGGAACAUCAUGGUGCAAAACCUACACAUGUACAUGAUUCUCCUACCCCAUUUCUCUUUAGCUAUGUUCCAAGUUUGGUUCAAAUCCAACAAGGUAUCUAG